CUGGCUGGAGUACGCCGCGACAGCAGACGGCACCGAGUGGAACAAUUAAUUAAUGCGUUACUAAAUAGAGAUAGAAGUCACCAAGGGGUCGUCACUCUAAUCAACAAAACAUAACUCUGGCCCAUUGAUGUCCCGGGCUAUGUAAAUUGGAUUUUAUGUUUUAGUUCUUCGGAAAACGCUAACUUGUGAUUUAUAUUUUAUAUUGGGACAUUUUUAAUUGAAUUAUUUACAAAAGAUAUAAUAUUAUUUUGAUAUAAAGAGAGUUUUGUUUUCAAAUUGAAGAAACUAUUCUGUACCAAGCCCUAUGAUAAAUUCAUCAUAAUAAAGGCCUUUGCCGUGCUGUCCAUCAAGAACGAUAACUCAAGUCAAUUAUUAAAAGGGAAAUAAUGCUGUGAUAGGGGAGAGAACUACUGCACAAGAAACACAAUGCUGGCACUUAUUCUGAUUUUAACCGUCAUUGAACUGAAGAUUUUAGCUCAGAACAUUGAAAGUUGUCCGGAUGGUUGGUUUGAAGAGGCGGGCCAGUGUUAUAAUUUUAUCUUCAGUCCGGCCUUGACCUACCAGGAGGCGGCCAUUUUCUGCCAGAAGGAUAUGACGUCACUGGUCAGCAUCAACUCGCUGGCCGAGCACAAUUUUAUAAAAACAUGGCUGCACACGCAUGACCAGAGCAGGCAGCUAUGGUUCACCAGUGGCUACAGGGAUAAGACAGGUAAACUCCUAUGGGAGUCGGAUGCUAGUGACAUCACAGAAAUGUUCUUCUCUGAUCACGACAGCCCGGAUAAGGUGUACGUGGAUCCGUGGAUGAAUUUGGAGUACAAUUCUAUCGUGUAUAAGUAUUUUGAGUCCAGCGACGAGUUUCUGUGGUCGUGGAGCCGGCUGAUGAAGCCUGGGCCGUUUGUCUGUGAGGUCAGCUUGUCUGACACCUGGAGGAUGUACCAGCAGCAGAGGGAUUUCUCCUACGGGGAGAACGUCACCGACCCAGAGAAGUGGGAGACGGGUCCAAACAUCACCCACCAGUCUCCCGACACUGUCUUCUUCGAGAUCGCCGGGAAGCGGGAAAAUGUCGUGCUUGACUGUGUGGCAUCCGGGAACCCCCACCCACAGUACAGGUGGUACCGGAAGUCCUUGGACGGGCAAACUAAAGAAUGGAUUACUCCAGACUUAAACGCCAAGUUUGUUAUCACAUACGGCAGACUUAUUAUCAUGAAUCCCGACCCCGUGACCGACUCCAGCAUCUACACGUGUGUAGCCUCCAACAAGAUGGGCACAGCUCUCUCCAAUCCUAUAGAGGUCACCUAUGGAUACAUAGCCGAGUUCCCGAAUGUGAAAACAAACUUUAUCGACGCCAUUCUAUACAUGGGUAUCGAAAUAGGCUGUCAAACCCCAGCACAUAAUACAGAACUCCAGUACAACUGGUACAAGUCCAACGUUAACUUCAUACGAACUGAUCUAAACUCACAGUACUUCCUAUCUAGGAAUGGACGUUUUUACAUUUCUGAAGUUCAGGCCGCGGACCAGGGCGAGUACUUCUGCAUGGUGUUUAUGGACGCCGGAAGUGGAAAAGUUUUGGCCGAGUCCCAGGCGCCAUCUCGGACCUCUAUGGGCAUUGACCUGAGAGUCAUCGGCGGCAAUGCCAAUACUUAUGGCCCAGAGAUCCAGGACAGGUUCCCCCAAUACUUUCCUGCCGUCCCGAUGGUAGGCGAGUGGGUGGAGAUCGAAUGUCUUGCUUAUGGGAGAAUGCCGCUGUACUACUCGUGGGUACGGGAGGACGCCCCCCUCAACCCCAGGUCCUACCUGAAGGACCACAACCGUGUCCUUGUGCUACCCCGGGCCAGGCUGGAGGACACGGGGACCUACACCUGUCUGGUGCAAGGUCAAACCAACAAGGCCAACAAAACCAUUCACCUGAGCCUCAAAGCUCGACCCUACUUCCCCUACCCUCUGCGCCAUCAGCACCUAGACGCCGGGAGCAGUUUCAAGUGGACGUGUAACGCUGUUGGUGUGCCUAAGCCUACAUACACAUGGUACAAGAAUGGCGUCGUUCUGACGUCAGAUCCGGCCAUUGGAUUAACGGUACGAAGAAAUAUACUGACCAUCGAUAAAGUGGAGGCGGACCAUCACAACGGGGUGUAUCAGUGUGAGGCAACCAACUCGUAUGGGAGGGCUCGCUCUACGGCCCAGAUCAGAACGCUGGCUUUUGCCCCCACCUUUGUGUCGACGCCCCUGGCGAAAACCAAACAAGCGACGGAGGGGGGUAACAUCACCAUAGCCUGCACCCCCCAGGCCGCGCCACGGGCACACAUCACGUGGUUGAGGAACGGUGUGGAGCUGGAUGCGGUGCUGCCCAGCGGGGCCCUGAGGCUGGUCGGCGUGAGCAAGGCAGAUUCUGGAACUUACACGUGCGUGGCGGUCAAUGACCUUGGUGAAGCACGCGCGUCGUGUGAGCUGACGAUUUUUGGUCAAACAGUUUUCCUAGAGGAACCCAGUGACGUGGUUGUAGAGCAGAACCAGACGGCCGUCUUACAGUGUCGGGCGUCCUUCGCCAAGGGCAGCAUGGACAUCGUGUACACCUGGGCUUUCUACUCACACGUCCUUGACCUCACGGGCAACAGCGAGGACCGUGUCCACUACACUAUGCCCUUCUACAACAACCUCGAGUCUGGCACCCUGUACAUCGUUGGCGCCCAGCUCAAGCACUCGGGGCUCUACACCUGUCAGGUGUCCACCGUCACGGGGUCGAUUAGUGCAAGCGCUUACGUCACCGUCAGAGGCCCACCGGGUGAGCCAGCCGGCGUCCACGUCCGACAGAGCAACGUGACGCAACUCCGACACGACAACGUGGAGAUCUGGUGGCAAGACGGCGACUACCACGGCUACCUCACCACCCACUACGCCAUCGAGUUCAGGACAACCUACGAUGAGGAUUGGACGCUGCUGCGUGACGACAUAACCACCCAUGAGACGAAAGUUCCAGAACAUCCAGAUUGGCAUGGCUUUGUCAUCACAGAGGGGCUGUCGCCAGGCAACGGCUACCAGUUCAGGAUGAGGGCCGGCAACCAUCAGAUUGGCUUCGGUCCAGUCAGCAGUGGCCCUUACAAAUGGUACACAGUUGUGACGUCAGCACCUAUUUACGCGCCAACCAACAUUGGAGGCGGAGGGGGAUUUGAAGGACAACUCAUCAUAUCCUGGGAGGCCCUACCGAGAAGCCACUGGGGUGGGGACAACCUGAGGUACCAGGUGUACUAUAGGCGUAAGCUGGACAACGACCUCAACAAGAAAUGGGAAAUGUCAGAGGAGGUAACUGAGUCUGUAUUCUACACACUGGUUGGCGUCCAAAACUAUUUCUUCCCAUACGAGGUCAAAGUUCAGGCGAUCAACGACAAGGGCAGGGGACCUAACUCUACGAUCGGCAUAGUGUACUCGGCAGAAGCAUUACCCACUAGGAUCCCCACGUUCGUCAGCGCCAAACCUAUAAAUAGCACAGCGUCGAUUGUCACGUGGGAGAGAAUACCAAUCACAAGAGAGGAUUCGAAGGGAGUCCCUUUCGCUUAUGUG